AUGACUACUGCUCAACUAACUGUUAGUGUUUCACUAGAUGAUGACAAUAUUAAUUAUCAUAUGACAAAAUUAUUGGAAAAUGAUAUGGAAAAAUUAUCAACAACAAAAAAUAAAACACGUAAAAACAGACGAUCAGGUUAUUCACAUUUACCAAAACGUAUUCGAACAGCAUAUACAAAUAAACAAUUAUUUGAAUUAGAAAAAGAAUUUCAUUAUUCAAAGUAUUUAUGUCGACCAAGACGUGUUGAAAUAGCAUCAACACUUGUAUUAACAGAACGACAAGUCAAAGUUUGGUUUCAAAAUCGUCGAAUGAAAUAUAAAAGACAAUUAAUGUUAGAAGAUCCAAAAUUAGCUGAAAAUUUUGAAGUAAAUGAAAGUAAUAUGAAUGGUUGUUUUAAACGAAAUGAAACAAAAUGUUCAUCUCAUUCAUGUUGUGAAAAUGAGAAAAAUGAUCAAUGGUUAAUGGAUCAAAUGGAUGCUGAUUCAUCAAAAACAUUAGAAAAAGACCAUUCAAUAAAAUAUGAAAAUCCUAAAGAAAAAAGUAAUUCUAAUAAUAUCAUUAUUUCUUCAUCUCAUCAACAAAUUCAACCAACUUCUUCGUCUCUACAACUUCAUAAAAUCGAACAUUUGUUACCAUGUAAUACAACUGAGAACGGAUCAAACAAACAAAUAUGUACAAUGAUUACACCUCAAUCUAGAAUAACAACAACAACUACUAGUUCCAAUUGUAAUUAUAAUAAACAUCCAUCAUCAUGGUUUCAUGAUAGAUAUCCAAAUUCAUAUUAUUAUUCACAACCAUCUUCAUCUCAACAACAACAACAUAUGACAGUAGAUAUACCUGAGAUAACUAAUGUUCAUGGUUAUUCAUUAUCAACUUCGAAUGAUCAUUAUCAAAAUUAUAAUUUAUCAAAAAAACAAAAUAUGUAUUAUCAACAACAACAACAACAACAACAACCAGCAUCAGUCUAUAAUCAACAACAAUAUUCAGAAGUAUUGAUGGAAAAUAAUCAGUAUGCAACAUUUUCUCCUCAUUACGAUUUUUUAAAUGAUCAUUUGACAUCAUAUUCUUCAGUUGAAAAUACUUAUCAAAUGUAUGAACAUAUUUAA